AGUAACCUUUGCUUAGCAAAAAUGCAGUGAUACGCGAAUUGCGAACUGUGACUGACGCGCCAUGGAUUUUACCGGAAAAGUUGUCAUUAUUACUGGUGCCAGUUCUGGCAUUGGUGCGGCCUCUGCUAAACUGUUCGCCUCUCACAACGCUCUACUAUCCAUCGUCGGAAGAAACGAGGAAAGACUACUAGCAACGGCCAAGGCUUGCGAAGAAGCUAAAGGAAAUAAGCCUUUAUGCAUACUCUUGGAUCUUACCGAACCUGAUAGCUGUGAGAAACUAGUAAGAAAGACUGUGGAUACCUUCGGAAAGAUUAACGUGUUAGUCAACUGCGCUGGAAAGUUAUGCUGUACAUCGCUUUUCGAUAACUCCAUGGAGAUUUUCGAUGACCUAAUCGCGCUUAAUCUUCGAGUGCCUUACAAUUUGACACAGCAAUGUUUACCGCAUCUGCUAAAGACGAAGGGCAAUAUUGUGAACGUGUUCAGUGCGCCUAUGCGAGUGCGGCCUGGAUUCCUACCAGCUAAUAUGAUUAGAGAUGCCUUAGAAAGAUUCACGAAGUCAAGUGCUUUAGAAUUAGCGGCAGAAGGAGUGAGAAUGAACGCAGUAAGGCCAGGCUAUACAAGAACGAAUUAUCUGAGGAAUUUGAAUGUGGAUGAUGAAAUCAUGGAUGACACUUAUGAGUUGAUAGCGGAGUUUUUGCCCACAAGGAAGGUUAUAGAGCCUGAGGAGAUCGCUAGGAUGGUGGUUUUCACCGCCAGUGACACGCUGCCCAAUUUGAACUCUGCGCAAAUGGUAGUAGACGGUUCCGCUUCGCAGUUUUGAUUUGAUUUGAAAUUGUUUUACACCUAAUUACGAUGUAUAGAGUUGCCGAUUUCAUCUACUUUUAAUCGUGCAUACCAAAAACAGAUUGAUAUUUUAAUGAUUAUAUGUAAUGGUAUUCGUAAUUUGUACGAUUAACCGCUUAUUGUUAAACUACAACUCGCUUUUAAAAUGUAUUUUUAAUUACAUACGAGGUAAUGGAGAUUAUAGGUAAUUGCAUUGUUUUGUCAUAAAUGGCUGGAAACCGGUAUUCACUAACUUAUGUUGUUAUCAGAUAUGAAUAAGGAAUUAAGAAAUAAAUGAAAUAACUGAAAUAGGUAGACUAGAAAUAUUUGAUGAUGAAGAUGAUUUGAAAUGUACAGAGGUCUAUAUAUA